CAUCCAAUCUUUUUCUAUCUGUUUCUAGUUUACAAGCGGAACAUUUACCAUCCACGUGACAAAGUUAUAGCAGUUCAUGUACCAGAGUACCAUAAACUUCAAAAUUCUCCAUGGUAUAAGCGAGGAUUCUCCCACGAAGCCGUAAUUACCGCAGACGCCGACAACCUGAGUGAAGUAUUCAAGGAAGAAUCAGGCCGAAUCCAAAAGAAUGUGGACACCAUUAAAAAAAGACUUGAUGAUGCUGGGUUGCCAGACGCCGAGGUGAAGAUCAUUGCCGGUAAACCAGGCGAAGCAAUCGUCCAUGCUUCACAAGAGGAACAGGCGCAUCUGAUCGUGACGGGUACACGAGGCCUGGGUACCAUUCGACGUACCCUCGUCGGUAGUGUUAGCGAUUAUGUGUUACACCAUGCAAACGUUCCCGUCUUGAUCUGUCGACAUAAAUCCCAUUAACUACACCAGCAGCAAGAACAACAACAACAAUGAUAACAAUAACAAUAAUAAUAAUAAUAAUAAUAAUAAUAAUAAUAAUAAUAACCACAACAACAACAAUAACAAUAUUAGUGAACAAGGGUGGGUCAAACUUCAAAUUUGAACCCGCACCCGCCUAAUGUACAAUUGUAGCUAUAAAACAGACAAUAGAGAAACAAAAAAGAAAAAAAUAUUUGGCCCUUCUUAAUUGAGGCUUCCUGUUAAUU